CCGCUCGAUCUCUGAAACAUCAUCUGACACCUAACCAAUGCUCUGUCAGAGGUUGAGAAUCCAGAUACACUCGUCGCCGUCUCCGCUCUCCAGUUUCAACAAACAACAACGUUUUCUUGCAUCUCCAAAAUCCGAUCUGGGGGGAGAUAUGGAGAGAGAGCUUGUGGAGUUGUUCGAAGCGGCCAAGAAGGCAGCCGAUGCGGCUGCGCAGGAGGACCAAGGAGCCUCCUCGGGUGGCCCCAAGGUCGACCGCUGCCUCGAUGUGCUCAAUCAGCUCAGAAGUUUUCCCGUUUCCUAUGAUGUUCUUGUGUCAACGCAGGUGGCGAAAAGGCUUAGACCCCUCACUAAGCAUCCUGCAAAGCAGAUUCAGACAAGGGUUGUGGAUGUGCUCGAGAUUUGGAAAAAGAUUAUUGUGAAUGAAGCAACUAGGAAGAAAAAUGAUGGCAUUGAUAUUAGAAGUCCGAGACUGACUGAGGGGACAGAGGUAAAGAAUGUAAAAGUUGAGGAGGUUCGUAAGACUGCUUCGAUUACGGUUGAGAAUUUUUUGAAAACUGAAGGCGAUUUGAAGAGGCAUGGGAGCUUUUCAAAAUCAGAGAGUAUCAACGUUGAGAAGAAAACAGGACCUAUGGAUACACUCAAGGCUGAGAAGAUGGAUUGGAGUGAGACUGUUAAGAUACAGAAGGAAGAGGAACAUGUUUUUUCAAGAUCAGAAGCUAUCAAGGUUGAGAAGAAAGUUGAAACUGUGAACACUGUCAAGGCUGAGAAGAAUGGUUGGAGGGAGACUGCCAAUGCCAAGGUUGAAAAGAUAUCCAACAAAGAGAAACCGGCUUCCAGCACAAAUAAACCACCUCAAGCAUCUAGUGCCCCCCCAAAGCUGACUUCUAUGAUCAAGUGUAAUGAAGUUGCACGUGACAGAAUUCGGGAGCUUCUUUUAGAAGCAUUCUCGAAAGUUCCUGGGGAGGCUAAUGAGGACUUCAAGGAUGAAGUUGAUGCAUGCGACCCAAUUCGUGUUGCUGUAUCCGUAGAAUCUGCAAUGUUUGAGAAAAUGGGUCGAUCUACUGGGGCCCAGAAGAUCAAAUACAGGUCUAUAAUGUUCAACCUAAAGGAUGUGAACAACCCAGAUUUAAGAAGAAAAGUGCUUCUUGGACAGGUCAAGCCAGAGAGGUUAGUCGAUAUGAGCCCGGAAGAAAUGGCCAGCGAUGAAAGGCAACGUGAGAUUGAGCAAAUCAAAGAGAAAGCUUUGUUCGAGUGCGAGCGUGCUGCUGCGCCUAAAGCCUCAACCAAUCAAUUCAAGUGCGGUCGUUGUGGUAAAAGAGAAACUACUUACUUUCAACUGCAGACCAGGAGUGCCGAUGAACCUAUGACAACCUUUGUAACAUGUGUAAACUGCCAGAAUCAUUGGAAGUUCUGUUAAGAGGGAAUUCUGCUGGUGAGAGAAACAUUUUAGAUUAUUAAUUGUAGUGAAUGACUUGUGGAUUGGAUCAUAAUGUUUAAGAAUUGUAGCGCCAGAUUGGAUAAGUAAUUUAAGUACUACAAAUUCCUCGCUA